AUGCUCCAAUGCAUCUUGUGGAGGGACUCUGUUGACGACGAUAUACAGAUCUUCAAGCUAAACACUGUCGCCUAUGGGACUAAGCCUGCAUCGUUUUUAGCUAUUCGAGCUAUUCAUCAGCUGGCCAUGGAUGAGUCUUUUUCGUAUCCAUUGGGUUUGGAAACCAUUCUACAGGACUUCUACGUGGACGAUAUGAUUUCUGGUGGAAAUUCAGUCGAGGAUUUAAGGAAAUGGUGUUCCAACUCUCCUGAUGUUCUUCGUGAAGUCCCUGAGGCAGAAAGGGAAAGUUUUCUGAAGCUCGAUGAUGGCAGCGAUGUGACCAAGGCGCUUGGACUCAUCUGGGAACCCCAUAGGGACAAGUUCUUGUUUACUUUUGCACCUCAAAUCGGUGUUGGCAAGCACACUAAGCGAUCAGUGUUGUCAACCAUUGCACGGUGCUAUGAUCCUAUGGGAUUGAUUGGACCCACAUUGACAAGAGCGAAAAUCAUCAUGCAGCGCAUGUGGAGAGACAAGCUGCAUUGGGAUGAAAGUCUUUCUCAGCCACUGGAAUCGGCUUGGGCUGAGUUUUGCAAGGACUUCGCUACUGUGGGUCACGCUACAUUUCCGCGUUACAUACUUCAACCUAAUGCAAGGUUUGAGUUGCAUGCCUUUUGUGAUGCCAGCCUCCAGGCCUAUGGGGCUUGUAUCUAUGCUCGUUCGUUUAAGGAUACCGCCGAUGAGGUACAUUUGCUUUGCUCGAAGGCUAGAGUUGCACCAUUGAAAACCCUCACGGUGCCUAAGCUUGAGCUAUGUGCAGCGUUCCUAUUAGCCAAUUUACUUCGCUAA